AUGGUGCCAAAAACUACGCCGCCACCCACCCUCGAUUCGUUACAGCAUCAGCGGCCGGCACGCAAAACACCGCCUCGUGUGCUCGACGCAGACGAGGAUGUUGAGACACAGGCCGCUCCCGACAUAAGUAAAGAUGAUCCACCCAGCGACGAGAUUGUGGCCAAGAUCCUGGCCAAGUACCACUCUUUUGGCACAGACGAUGCCGAUGCCAAUCUUGCGCGGCUACGAGAGCUAGUAGAGGACUGUUUGGAUCCCAACAGCAACCCAUGCCUCAUUUGCAUCGAUGAUAUCAACAAGCGCUGGGUGAAGGAUGGCGUGGUCCGCACCAACGGCCUGACCCCCGAAUUGUUUCCCGAGGCUGAGAUUCCCUGGUUUUGUCCUAAAUGCCAUACCAACUACAGCCGCAAAGAGGCGCCCCGCGUGUAUCGCUGCUUCUGUACCAAGGAGGUUGAGCCCCGCUUCGAUCCCUGGUUGACCCCGCAUUCUUGUGGUGAGGCGUGUGACCGUUUACUCAGUUGCGGUCAGCACCGAUGCCUGAUGCUUUGCCACCCAGGCAAGUGCUUAAAGUGCCCGCGACUCCUGCCGGACACCCCUUGCUUUUGUGGGCGGCAGCGUACCUCGCGUCGCUGUGGGAACGUAGCUUACAGCUGUGGUGAACGCUGUGGUCAAAAGCUGCCGUGCGGUCACGCAUGCGAGUUGACUUGCCACGAAGGACCCUGCCCGCCUUGUCCGCGCCGUUCUCAACGAGCCUGCCGCUGUGGCCGGGUCGUGGCCGAUCAGCCCUGUGCUAAGCUGGAGUGGUCGUGUGAAACAGUGUGUGGGCAGCCUUUGGCCUGUGGGUUUCACCGAUGCGAGGUGACCUGUCAUUCUGGACCAUGUGCGCCCUGUGCGGGUCAGCUCCAACGCGCAUGUCCGUGCGGCAAGUCCACGUAUCCAGACCUGCCAUGCACGGAAACGGUGCCCACUUGUGGCAGUACUUGUGAUCGAAUGUUGGCCUGUGGUGAACACCGGUGUGUGCGCCAGUGUCACUACGGCGAUUGUGGUGCUUGCAUGCAGACACAACAGGUCUCCUGUCGCUGUGGUGCCCAAACCAAGGAGCUGGCGUGUGGAACUUCGUUAACGUGCACCCGAAAGUGUGGACGCAUCCUUCCCUGUGGCCACCCCUGCAAGCGCAAGUGUUGUGACGUGUGUCCACCAUGCGAGCGCGUGUGCGGCAAGCGCUUGCAGUGCAACCAGCACACUUGUCAAGACCCGUGCCAUGCGGGCCCGUGCUACCCAUGCUCGCAAACAAUGACGCGCAGCUGCGCCUGCGGGGCCUCCACCGUAACGGUCCCCUGUGGGCGUGACGCGAGUCGACGCAAGCCCCGCUGUCGAGAGCCGUGUAGAGUACCUCCCUAUUGUCGACACCCAACGCAGCGGCCGCACACUUGUCACGAUGGCAAUUGUCCGCAGUGUCGACAAACAUGCGCCACAGAACUGUCCUGUGGCCACGCUUGUCAGGCGCCCUGUCAUGACAAACGCCCACGCCGGGAGGAGAUUGAGCUCACCAAAACUGAGCGCAAAAAGCAGAAACUCAAGAGCAAUCCGGUGCGCGAAAUCAAGCAGCUCACGCCGUGUCCACCUUGUCAAGUACCCGUGCCGCGAGCAUGCAAGGGUGCACACACCGUGCGUGAUCUACCUUGUGCAGCAAAUGCGCCCUUUGGUUGUGAUCAAACCUGCGAUCGUCUUUUGGCAUGCACCCGCCAUCGUUGCGCGCAACCGUGUCACCUCCCUUUGCGUGCUGGUACGAGCUGGCACGAGCAAGACUUGUUGCUGCGCCGCGAGCUGGGUGCGACGAGCGUACCGGUGGCUUUGGAUAGCCUCGCGUACGCAACAUGUGAGCCGCUACUGCGAGCUCAUAUGGCUUCGCCGUCAGAUGGGGGGAUGGCGUCGGGUGAGGGAGCUGAGUUGAGUGGCCUGACGGCUGGAUGUGGGGCCUGCCCACGGCGAUGCGAGCUCCCGCGCCCGCCAGGUUGUCCGCACACGUGUGCGCGGGAAUGGUGUCACCCGGGGCUGUGUCCGCCCUGCAAGCACAUUAUUUCCCACCCAUGUCACUGCGAAGCACUUGUUUUGGCGCUCGACUGCGACGAGUGGACGCGGAAGCUUCCUGGGGAUCGUGAUGCCCUCCUCAGCUGCCAUCACCGGUGCCCACGGUUGCUGUCCUGCGGGCAUCAGUGUACCAAAGAUUGCCAUCCGGGUGCGUGUUCGCCUGCCUCUUCAUGUACCAAGCUCGUGUCGCUUCGAUGUCCUUGCAAGCGACGCAAAGAGAGGAUCCCCUGCCAGCGCGUGCAGGCCGAACAGCUCGAACAUGUGGCUUGUGACGCAGCUUGUCGUGAACGACAGGCUGCCAGUGCGGCGGAGGAAGCACAGCGCAUUGAAGCAGAGGAGGCAGCGCAGCGAGCCAAGGAUCAAGCCGAGCUGGAAGCCUUUCGAAAUCGAGGUCGCCGGCGGCGCAAGCGCCCGUCUCGCGCUGAAGAGAGUGAGGCGCCAGAGGUGGCACCGCCGUGGUAUCAAGAGCCCCGGAAACUGGCUAUUGUGGCGACAUUGUUUGUUAUAGCAGCCACGGGUCUGGGUGUACUCUUGUUUUGAUUAGCGGGGUCACCUGCAAAGCGCAGACACUGCCGGCCCCUAUGAACUUGAUAGAUGUCAGCUCGUCUACGCAUAAAGUAAACUUGGGAACCAGACGUCUGGGAUCGGAGGGGGAAAUGUGGGGUGCAAGCUAGCUUGCUAGCAAGUUUGAUCUUUUUGAGAAAUGGGAUUGAGGUCGACAUGACAAGUGAUGGGGUAUUGGCUGGCAAAUAAGCCCC